UGACAGGUAAUAGAUAUGACAGAUUAUUCUGUAUCAGUUGCCAGAAUGUGGAAAAUUAACGUAAAGACGUCUGUCACAGCGGUGCAAAUAUUGUUUUGUAUUACUUUGGCACAUGCCACUGGACCCACUGUCAUUUCGCGGCUCGGAGUAAUCAAUGGAAACACCAGGAACGGAGAAUUUAACGGAAAAGUAUAUGCUGUUAAUGAAUAUUUGGGUAUCCCGUAUGCCAUGCCACCAGUCGGGGACUUACGAUUUAAAAGACCGGAACCAUUCGGAAAUCUGACGUCUCCGUUUAAUGCGACUCGUUAUGGAAAUAUGUGUCCUCAGUCGGACUUCUUACAAGUAGGUGUGCGGUCAACAACAGAGGACUGUCUGUUCCUGAACAUAUUCGUUCCAACUACACCGAAGGACCUCGAGCAAGGGCAUGCUGUGAUGGUUUUCAUUCAUGGCGGAGGUUUUACAAUGGGUUCCGGUGAACAAACUCCGGGUCAUGUCCUUUCUUGGUUCGGCAACGUUAUUGUUGUCACUAUCAACUAUCGCCUCGGGCUGUUCGGGUUUCUAAACAUUGGCAACGAUGAUGCGAAAGGAAACCAAGGCCUUUGGGACCAGCGGUUAGCAUUGCAAUGGGUCCAAGCUAAUAUAGGAGAGUUUGGAGGGGAUGCGGGGAGAGUUACCAUCUUUGGAGAAUCCGCUGGGGCAAUACAAGUUACUCUCCAGUGCAUAUAUCCGGCAAACAGAGGACUUUUUCAAAACGCUAUAGCUGAAAGCGGGACCUUGAAUAUGAAGUAUGGUCUGACAGAGAAUACAAAGUACCCUGCACAAUUGUUGGCACACAAUCUUAAUUGUGAAUCUGAUACAAAUGCAGGCAUUUUAAAAUGUCUUCAAAACGCGUCUUCUGAGAACCUUUUGGAAGAAAUUGAUAAACUGUCUCUCGAUCCUAAUAAAGCGGCGCUUCUUAAGUUUGUCCCCACCAUUGACGGUCAGUUUUUUCUCCAGGAUCCUUUCGACACUUUACGUGAAGCGGCCCACAAGUUGAGGGACGAAGUAAAGUUUUUGAGAGAAAUACGACUUAUCAAUGGAGUGAAUGGAAUGGAAGGCGGGAUGUAUCUUAUGUUCGUAUCUGGUAACUUUACUGGUGAUCCCGACCAAAUUCGGGUCAGUGGUUCUGAAAUGAAAACCACGUGGAUUCCAGCAUUCCUAGGUCAAGAAAUGCCUGGAAAAGAGAUCCAUGAAUCAGUAAAACAACUUGUUGCCUACGAGUAUACAAACUGGGGAGACUAUGAGGAUGCCAGGGAAAUGUUUGUGAAAUACACAGGGGACCUUCAUUUCAAUGUUCCUGCUGUUAUGUUCAGUAAGGUACAUGCAAACGAUUCCAAUGCCAAGAGCUGGUUUUACAGGUUUGAACCGAGGCUAGAACGUCACUCAAUUGCGACACCCACGUGGUUACAGAAGGCUAACCAUGGUGAUGAGCUUGGGCCUGUUUUCGGAUACUCAUUUGAUUACGAGAAAUAUGCCAAUAUUAAAAAUUACACUCCACCUAAUUGGGAAUAUGGCCUGUCGGAGCGCAUAAUGAGAUAUUGGACAAACUUUGCUAAAUUUGGAGAUCCGAACGGCAACGGUUCGGUUUUCUGGCCUCAGUACGACCCAGACAAGCAGCAGAACAUCUUCAUAGAUCGUCAAGACAGCAUCGGUCACUAUCUGUAUGCAAAGGAAGUCGCUUUCUGGAGCGAGUUGUUGCCAUCAGUCAUGGACGACAUUGGGCGAGGACACGCGCACGCUUAUAAGUCAGAAGGUCCUCAGAAAGCGAACGCCGCUUGCGACACACGCGUACCACGCUGGUUAAGUGUCCUUGGCUUUUGGACAUUGAUGUCGUUCGCUAUGAAGCAUUAAUGAAAGCAACCAUUCCCUUGUUAUGAUUGUCCAAACAUUUUGUCUUACAAAAACUUCAGACUGAUUUUCUUUUACUGUAUGCUAUUAAGAUUUUAUAACUUUAAUUAUUUAUAAUCCUUCUUUUUUGCAUAACAUGUUUGAAGUAUGUGAUGAGUGUUUCUUUUUACAUGAACUCUAUUGGUCUGUGUAUCAUACCCAUUUACAACGUAAGUUUCGCUUCCUUAGUAGGCAAGGUUACGACAAAACACUUAUAAUGGCUGUAGUCUAUAUUCUAUAUACUAUACAAAUUAUCAAGCAAAUCUGUUGUAAAUGACCACCGAUGAGUACAAACACAUGUACUUCAAUAUUUCAUAACAGUUAAUUUGUAUUGAACUUUUAAAUCGUUUAAUAUCUGUGCAUAGAUGGUAGUAAAUGCGUUCAUAAAAUAACAUUUAUUUAUGUUAUUUUUCACUAAUAUGAGACUGUAAUUUUUAGUAGUUGCAUGUUGUUCAUAUUACCGUUUUUACACAUUUGAAAAUGUCAAUAUGAGCAAUCAAAUUACAAAUGUUACUAGAAAAGCAGUACACAUCAGGAAUCGCACUUCACAAAAAAUACAUUAAUCUUACCUACUUUGGUAUGAUAUAUUAAAAUAUAGACAGUAUUUGCAAAACAUUAACCAAAUUCUUGUGAUAAGCUUCAAAGGAUUUACCAGAAAUAUGCUAGUUAUUGUAAAAAUUCAUGUAAUUUAAAGCUGUGGCAAGAAUUGUUAUUUUGAUACCCCUAUUACUUAUUAGUUUAAUACCUUCGCAUCAUAUUUUUGUUUGGCGUUAUACUAUGUAUUUUAUGCUGAGCGAGUUGGAAUGUAACUUAUCCUUUAAAACAUAUAUUAUAAAGCAUGUUUAAGAAAACAGUUAUUCUGCGUUUUUUUAUAAAUAUUAUUUGUGACAUUACUGUAUAAACGUAAUAAAAGCUCUGAAGGCAC